CGAAACGUUGUCUAUUUCCUUCGCUCCAUAAAUGCUGCUGCACCCGCUGAGUUUCUCCAGCACUUUUGUCCCCCAAUGAAUUGGCCUCCACUGCCUUCUGUGGCAGAGAAUUCCACAGAUUCACAACUGUCGGGGUGAAUUUUCUUUUUGUCCUAAAUGGCCUACCCUUUAUUCUUCAUUCCAUGCUGAGAGUGUUCUGACAGGUUUAACGUUUGUUUAUUGGAUCACCAGAGGGCAGCCCAGAGGGGAUUAUUUUGGGUACGGAGCGUGACUAUGGCGGGGACGGCGAGGCAUGACCGUGAGAUGGCAAUGGAUGCCAAGAAGAAGCUGCAGCAGUGCUCGGACCCCAUCGAGAAACUCCGAUUGCAGUGCCUGUCCCGGGGCUCUGCUGGCAUCAAGGGGCUGGGCAGGGUGUUCCACAUCAUGGACGAUGACCGGAGCCGCACGCUGGACUACAAGGAGUUUGUGAAGGGUCUGAAUGACUACGGUGUGCUGCUGGAGAAGGAGGACGUGGAAGCUGCCUUCAAACGCUUCGACAAGGACGCCAGUGGGACCAUCGACUACGACGAGUUUCUCCUAACCUUGCGGCCUGCAAUGUCCAAUGCCAGAAAGGAGAUCAUUGCGCAGGCCUUCCGCAAGCUGGACAAGACGGGGGACGGUGUGAUCACCAUUGAGGACCUGCGUGGAGUCUACAAUGCCAAGCACCAUCCCAAGUACCAGAACGGAGAGAUGACCGAAGAACAGAUCUUCCGAAUAUUCCUCGACAACUUCGACUCGCCCAACGAGAAGGACGGGAUUGUGACGAUGGAGGAGUUUCUAAAUUACUACGCGGGGGUCAGUGCAUCCAUCGACACCGAUGUCUACUUCAUCGUCAUGAUGAGAAAUGCCUGGAAACUGUGAGGGGCGCCGCAGGGCCGGGGGGUGACCAGAUUUGAGUUUAUAAAUUACUACUCUGGAGUGAGUGCCUCGAUCGACCGUGAUGCCUACUUCAUCCUGAUGAUGCAAUCGAGCUGGCGCCUCUGAUGAUUCACGGGUGGCGAGAGAGGAGUCCAUCACUGUGUCCCGGUGUCUCUGUCCGGCUGCCUCCUACUAGCCCUCCCCUGCGGCUGCACCCCUCACUCACUCACUCACUCACUCACUCACUCACUCACUCACUCACUCACUCACUCACUCACUCACUCACUCACUCACUCACAACCACCCACCGCCUCCCACUCCCCCCUUCCCCUCUCACUCACUCCCCCCUUGCUCCCUCCCCCUCACUCUCUACCUCCCUCACUGCCCCCUCCCCAAAUCCCCUCCCCCUCCCACACUCCCCCUCACUCCCUCGCUCCCUCCCUAACCCUCUAUUCCUGCUUCACUUCCUCCUCCCUCCGCCCUCUCCCUCUCUCCUCACUCUCUCCCUCCCGCUCUCCCCCCCUCCCUCCAUCACUCCCCCCUCACUCUCUCCACCUGCUCCUUCCCUCACUCCCUCCAUGCUCUCUCCUCACUCCCUCGCACUCCCUCCUCGCUCUCCCAACCCCUCCCUCCCUCCCUCCCUCACUCCCUCCUCGCCUUUUCCCUCUCCCUUCCCUUCCUCUUCACUCUCUGCCCCCCCCCCCACUCCCAUCUUACACUCUCCUUCCCCAACCUCUCCAUCCCCUCCUCCCCCCUCCCUCACUCACACUCCGCCUCCCUCCCUCCCUCCCUCGUCUGGGCCACAGCUGCCGACUCUCCACCCACCCGCUGCCACCUGGCCUGAUGGCUCUAAGACGGCCCUGCCCUGCAUCACUGAACUGACCAAAACAUCGCACCCGAACCCAUCCUGCAGUGGGACUGCCCGGCGCUCGCCCAGACUCUGUGUCUGUGACGCUGGCCCAGACUCUGUGUCUGUGACAGCCCAGACAGUCUGGGGCACUGUCUGUGUAUGUGACGCCCCAGACUGUCUAGGACAGGGUGUGUGUCUGUGCCAGCCUAGACGGUUCCAUCCCCAGCAGUGGCCGUGUGACCCAGGGCAGUGCCUGGUGCUCAGUGUGUGUGUGUCCGGGCUGGACGAUGUGGUGACUGGUAUCUACUCUCUGAGACGGUGAGUCACUGUGACACAGGGAAUGUGGACCCAGGACUCACACACCCUGAGCUAACCCACACCAAGGACAACCGUGCAGUAAUGCAGGACCAGGGAAUGUGCGUACAAUCAGCAGGCCCUUCGGCCCAUCGUGCCCAGCACCCGUCCACAUCAAUUCCAUUCACCAGCAUGGCUCAUAGCCGUCGAAUGACUGAUCAUUCCAGCAGUGGCACGGUGGCGCAGCGGUAGAGUUGCUGCCUCACAGCGCCAGAGACCCUGGUUCGAUCCUGACUACGGGUGCAGUCUGUAUGCUGUUUGCACGUUCUCCCCGUGACCUGCUUGGGUUUUCUCCGGGUGCUCUGCUUUCCUCCCACACUCCAAAGACGUACAGGUUUGUAGGUUAAUUGGCUUGGUAUAAAUGUAAAUUGUCCCCAGUGUAUGUAGGAUAGUGUUUGUGUGCGGGGAUCGCUGGUCGGUACGGACUCGGUCGGCCGAAGGGCCUGUUUCCGUGUUGUAUCUCUUAACUAAACUACACACACUUGCUAUACUUCAUUUAUUUCAUGGAAUAAUCACCCAAGCGCUACAUAGAAUUCAACUUAAAUUUCAAGAGUGUAUCGAGACACACUUUGUGGGAUUUCUGCCCCACCACCCCUUCGGGCAGUGUGUUCCAGAUUCCACCCCCCUCUGGGGUAGGAUGUUCUUCCUCGGAUCCCCUCCCGGCCAUACCCCUGACCCCUGCGGUAGGAGACACUUCUGCCCAGCAGAGAAGUUUCCCUCUCUCCACCCUCUCCAUAAAACACAUUGUUUUGUCCACCUCUACCAGGAACCCACCCACCCCUCUGCUACCUCCGCUCCAAUGAAAACCAAGCCUAGCCUCUCCUGAAACACUCUAUCCCAGACAACAUCCCGGUGAAACAUUCAACAGUGUGGGAAGCACUCUGAAGGCCAAGGACAGCACCUCUGGAAACAGCAGAGGUGACUUUCCUGGUGGAAGACCAUCUGCUGCUGCGACUUUUCACUGUCAAAGUUGAACAACACAGGGACAGGCCCUUCAGCCCACCAUGUCCGUGCCGACCAUCAGCUACCCAUCGAUACUAAUCCCAUUUGCCAGCGCUUGGCCCAUCAUCUUCUAUGUCUCCAUGACUCAAAUGCUCGUCUAGAAACUUCAAUGUUGUGAGUCUCUAACUCCAUCAACCCCUCAGGCAGCGCUCUCCUCUCCAUCUCCACUCUCCAUCUCCACUCUCCAUCUCCACUCUCCAUCCUCCCCACACUCCAUCCUCACCACAUCCACUCUAUCCAAGCCUUUCACUAUUCGGUAUAUGUCAAUGAGGUCACCCCCUCAUCCUUCUAAACUCCAGCGAGUACAAGCCCAGUGCCGUCAAAUGCUGCACCCUUUCUACCCUCAGUACAUGGUGCCCCGUCUGUGCACUAACCAAAGUUUUAUAAUGCUGUAUCACAAGUGCUCUUAAAUUAUAUUCUGCUCCCCAGCUAAUGAAGGCAAGUAUUUGGACCCAUACACCCAGUUCCUCA